AUGAAAGACGACGCUGCGCAGUCGCAGCGCCAGGUCGCUUCGGGGGGCAUUCCUGCCGGCUUUGGUGCCCUAGGGGAGGCGUUCCCAGCCACCUCUGCAGCAGCAGCAGCAGCAGCAGCAAACGCGGGCUUGGCCCUGGGAGUUGUAGCAGCAGCAGCAGCGCCUGCUGCUGCCUCCUCUACUCUCUGGCUCGUAGACUCUGCUGAGGGGCAGAACUGCCUUGCUGCAGCAGCGCCCUGGUCCUCUCAGGUUAACGCUACAGCCGUUCAACAGCAGCAUGCAGCAGAACUGCAACAGCUGGAGUUCCUCAAGCAGCGGCGACAACACCAGUUGCUGUUGUUGCAGCAGCAGCAAGCGCAGCAGCAGCAUAUGCAUGAACAGCAGCUCAGGCAGCAGCUGCUGCUGCAGCAGCACGCCCCUUUGCAGCAUUCCACCAACCCCCAAGUUCUACAGCACCAUUUACAGCUCCAGCAGCUGCAGCAGCAACAGCAGCAGCAGCUCCAACAGCAGCAGCUGCAGCACAUACUUAGCCAACAGCUGCUUCGCGAACAGCAGACACAGAGGGAAGCGGAGGAACAGCUGGCGAGGCAGCUAGCUUCAUGA